AUGAGCUCGGACUGCACGAGCUACUACAGCUCAGAAAAAUUGUUUGUGGAUGGGUUUACAUGUCCCAAACCGGAAGGCGACGCCAAAGCCAUAUUCUGUUGUGGAUUUAAUGAUAUCAAGUACUGCUGUGAUGAUCCCAAUAGCUUUUUCCCCUAUGAAUAUGGCUACAUGUGGUGGCUAAGUGUUGGGGCGCUGGUGGGCCUCUCCAUUGCUGCUGUGGUUCUCCUGGCUUUCAUCAUCACCCUGUGUGUCCUUUGCUACCUCUUCAUCGCCACUAAGCCAAGCCGUCUGGACAACGGCCUCCCAUUGCGGGCGCCAGGUGGUGACCCCAGUGCGGUCGAGGGACCCAGCCACUCCAGUGCCCCCUCUGGACCACAGGGGUUCCGCAAGCACCUACUGAGCCGCAAACUAGACUGCGACAAUCAGCCCCCCGACCCCGACCGGCUCUUUCAGAGGUGCUUCAUGGCCACAGUCACCACCGUGAACGUGGAGGGGCCCUCAUAG